UGAAUCGGGAUCUUCUUCUUCUUCUUCUUCUUCGAAAGCCUACACAAUUCUCAACAUAGGACAGAAUUGGGAAUAAAAAAGGGGUAAAAGGGAAAACCUCAAUUCGCUGAAAUUACUGGUCCGGGAGGAAAGCGAUGGGAGAAACGUUAGGUUCGAGCGGUUCAUCAACCGCCAUUGAUUCCUCCAACAUCGGCUUCCAGCUAUUAAAGAAGCAUGGAUGGAAAGAAGGCACUGGUCUUGGUGUUUCUGAGCAGGGUAGGUUGGAGCCUGUAGAAGCAUAUGUGAAGAACAAUAAAAAAGGAAUUGGAGCAGAGAAGAAGAGAAAAACACCAAAGUCUACUGAUCAUGGUGAAUCCAAAGCCAUAAAUGAUGAGGAACAAACAUCAAGAAAGAAGACCAAGGCACUUUCCAAAAGGUUGCGGAAGAUGCAAGAACAGGAAAAGCAAAUGCAAGAAAAGGAAUUUGAGCGUGCAUUUUUUAGGGAAUUUUGGCCCGAUAAUGUUUGAUCUAGACUUUCCUAAACAGAUACGAAUCUUUUCUCUACACUUUCAAUUGAAGUUGUCCUCAGAAUGUGUUCAGUUUGCAUACUUGUUUUUGGGGCACGGAGGAACACU